AGGUGAACGGUUCCGGUGCGAUCAUGCGCAGAGCGACUUGGGGAUAACGUCGUUGACUCCACUAUGCACCUUUCGUGAAGUGUGGACAAUGUUCCUGCCAGGAACGGACUUCCGGCAUCUCCCGUUUCAACGGCGCCGAAUGUGGAAGGAACGUUCAGCUCGACACGCGAGUGGUGUCUGGUUGCGGCUUAAGAAGGGCAGAUGGAAGGUCUUGCGGCCCAGUGUGGAUCCACGAGCUGAUUGUCGGCUCAGACUCCCGCCAAGCAGUAGAGUUCGUCGACGACAUCUUAUCAUACCUUCAGUCUGUACAAUGUGUACAGUAGAUUAACGGACAGAAACCUCCAGAGCGCCAUUGCUAUGCGUU